UACAACAUUUUCUAGCUGUACAGCAGAAUCCCUCUCGGCGGCGGCAAUGCCGAAGGGCAAAAGCACACGGCAUGGCUGGCGCUCUUUUUCUCUACUCCGUCCCUUCCAGCUCUAUAAAUUUCUCUCUCUCCACUAUCGUCUCCUUCUUCCGAUUACUGGAGACCCCUUCCUGGCCUACCCCAUCCGGCUUGGUUUUACUGGCUUAGUUUUAUUCCACAAAGAUGAACUCUUUGGUGGCGACGAGCCGUAACUUCCGCCAGGCUGCGCGAAUCCUUGGACUUGAUUCCAAGCUAGAGAAGAGUCUACUGAUCCCUUUUCGGGAAAUCAAAGUGGAGUGUUCAAUUCCUAGAGACGAUGGUAGUUUAGCGUCUUUUGUAGGUUUUAGAGUUCAGCACGACAAUGCCCGUGGCCCCAUGAAGGGCGGAAUUCGAUAUCACCCCGAGGUUGAUCUUGAUGAGGUGAAUGCUCUCGCUCAAUUGAUGACAUGGAAAACAGCUGUGGUAGAUAUUCCAUAUGGUGGAGCAAAGGGUGGAAUUGGUUGCUCCCCUCGUGAUUUGACUAAGAGUGAAUUGGAACGGUUGACCCGAGUUUUUACUCAAAAAAUUCAUGACCUUAUUGGAACUCACACGGAUGUUCCAGCCCCUGACAUGGGAACUAAUGCACAGACUAUGGCAUGGAUAUUGGAUGAGUACUCAAAGUUUCAUGGUCACUCACCGGCUGUUGUUACAGGAAAGCCAAUUGAUCUUGGCGGUUCAUUAGGCAGGGAAGCUGCUACUGGACGUGGUGUUGUUUUUGCAACUGAUGCUUUAUUGGGUGACUAUGGAAAAUCAAUUCAAGGAUUGACAUUUGCAAUACAGGGGUUUGGUAAUGUUGGUUCUUGGGCUGCAAAACUCAUCCAUGAGAGCGGUGGCAAGAUAGUUGCUAUUGGGGAUGUGUCUGGUACAAUAAGAAAUCCUAAUGGCUUGGACAUCCACCAGUUACUAAAGCACAAAGCUGAGGGUGGUGUUUUAAAGGAUUUCACAGGUGGAGAUGCCAUGGAUCCUGAUGAGUUACUUGUGCAUGAAUGUGAUGUUCUCAUUCCUUGUGCGUUGGGUGGAGUCCUUAACAGAGAAAAUGCGCCUGUUAAGGCUAAAUAUAUUAUUGAAGCUGCAAAUCACCCUACUGAUCCUGAGGCAGAUGAGAUUCUUUCAAAAAAGGGUGUCGUUGUACUGCCUGAUAUAUAUGCCAAUGCUGGUGGUGUGACUGUGAGCUACUUUGAGUGGGUUCAGAAUAUUCAAGGAUUCAUGUGGCAUGAAGAGAAGGUGAACUCGGAGCUUCAAAGAUAUAUGAAAACUGCUUUCAGGAACAUCAAGGAUAUGUGUAUGUCGCAUGGCUGCAAUCUUAGGAUGGGCGCUUUCACAUUGGGAGUGAGUAGAGUUGCUCGAGCCACACUCUUAAGGGGAUGGGAAGCUUAAGAAGCUUGAAAGCUAUACAUUCUUCGUAGCAUUCUACAUGAACUCUUCAAAAAGGUCAUUCAUUUUUAUAAUUUAAAAGAAUUCAAGUGACAUUCUUCAUUGUUGUAUUGGAAUAUUAUAGAAUAAUUUGGUCUAUUUGCAGUCCUGUUGUUUAAGUUUAAAUGUUGUUUGGCUGCAGGAUUUGGCAUAAAUCCUUCCAAACAGUGGAAAUGACAACUUUAAAUCCUAUAGAAUUUUAAUUCCCAUUUCUCCUCCAA